UUGGCGUGUCUGUAUCAUCUGUCUUACGCCUCCAAAAGUCAUGGAAACAGGAAUAAAUCUCAUUUCCAUUGCAUUGAUACUCCCAUUCCCCUUUUACUAUCUCCUGUGGACCUACCCACAAUCAUGGGUGGAUCUAUGUGGCAACAAAAGAGACCCAUCUCACAUAAUGGCUCAAGUCUCUCACCUCAUUAAGUUCCUUCAGUUUCUUGCUUUGCUAUCAGUUGCCCACUUCUCUUGGCCUCCAUGGUAUUCUUGGGUUCUUUUCAUCUCUGGCCAGUACCUCAAUUUCAAGGUUUAUCAAUUGCUUGGUGAAUCCGGUACAUAUUAUGGGGUACGCUUUGGAAAGAAGAUAGCUUGGGUGACUGAGUUUCCUUUUGGAUACAUAAGGGAUCCACAGUAUGUUGGUAGCAUACUGAGCCUUGUCGCUCUUUUAUGUUGGAUUCCCUCCCAAUAUGUGCUUCUAUGGAUACUUGGUUACUUCUUUAUGAUGUGCAUAGAGUCAAAGGAGGAACCUUCUACUCGUGCUAAGCCACGUUCUUAGUUUUGCGUUCCAAUUGUACCAGUUUUGCAGAAAUAAUAAUUCGUUUGUUGGGGAAGAGAUCAGUUUCAUUUGUACCAGUAUUGAUCUUUAUAAUUAUGAUUAGCGGUGAAUUAUUUGA